CAGUCAAUGCUCCAAAAUAGUCAAAGUCAAAUCCGAAAAAAAAAGAGAAUCAAUAAAUGAGAUUCUCCCCCAGACUAGGCAAAUGAAGAUGCAACCACUUUCCAACGAACAAGUGCAAAAACUUUCCAACUACGACACUCUCGCCCAGGCUGAUGACGCCCAGCCCGCUAUCGUGACCUCCAUCCCCGAGGUCCCCAUAACCGAGGCCCGCAAGCCAUGGCAGCCCGAGGAUGAGGAUCGGCUGCCCCGUCCCGGAGUGGGCCGCGCCAACAUCGCCGCGACCUACGAUCAGCCCGAGGGCACGACCGAGGGGGACUAUGCGGCAAAGCACAGCGAUCAGACCGUGCUGCAGCAGCACCUUGAGUUCUUUGACAGGGACCGCGAUGGCAUCAUCUGGCCGCGCGACACCUUUAUCGGCUUCUACCGGCUGGGCUUUGGUGCCGUGCUGUCCUUCCUGUCCAUUUUUGUCAUCCACAGCAACUUCUCCUACGCGACGGGGGACUCGUGGAUCCCGGACCCCAUGUUCCGCAUCAACCUGUCCAAUAUCCACAAGGACAAGCACGGCAGCGCGUCGGGUGCCUACGACGCCGAGGGCCGCUUCGUGCCGCAGAGGUUCGAGGACCUGUUUGCCAAGCACGCCCAGGGGCGCGACUACAUGACCGCCCGGGAUGUGGUGAACCUGCUCAAGGGGCAGAGGAUGAUUGCGGAUCCGGUUGGUUGGUUCCAUGCGUUUAUUGAGUGGACGGCUACUUAUUACAUGCUGUGGCCCGAGGACGGCCGCAUGAAGAAGGAGGAUGUCAGGGGGGUUUUUGAUGGCAGCAUAUUCUACACCAUUGCAGCCAGGCGGGAGGAAAAGAUGGAUGAGGCAAAGCGCAGAUGAGAAUUGGGAUUGUUUGCAUGAACAAAGCCUGCCAACGAAAAAAGACAUUCUUGAAUGAAAAUAACUUGAAAGUACAAGGUAUCGAAUACCUAGAAAUAAAAAUCUUGCCAAAAACUCUCACAAGACAAGGGGUAUCUCCUGAAAACAAAGAAAGGCGUGACUGCCAAAAAAUACAUGGUCAAGGUCGUGGGACUCAUUAUCAAUCUGCCGCUACUUUGUGUUCCUGUUU